AUGGGGAAACAACAACUUGCUAAGAAGAUCACUUGGGCGAUUAAGAAUUUCUCAUCUUCCCAAACUGGAAAAAUCUGUUCUGAUCAAUUCGUCGUCGGUGGAUGCAAGUGGCGUUUAAUUGUCUUUCCCAAGGGAAAUAACGCUGAUUAUUUGUUUAUGUAUUUGGAAGUAGCUGAUUAUGAAUCAUUGUCACCUGGAUGGAGAAGACACGUUUGUUAUCUCCUCAAUAUUGUUAAUCAAAAUGCUGUUAAACGUUCCAAACAAAACGAAGAACAAAAGUGGUUUGAUGUGCGGUCUCCCCGCUGGGGUCGUCUGUCCAUGUUUCCACUAAAUGAAAUCAGUGCCAGAGAUAGCGGAUUUGUGGUUAAUGGAGAACUCAGAAUUGUUGCUGAGAUAGAGGUUCUUGAAGUGAUUGGAAAUUUCGAUGUAUCAGAGGAAACUUCAACACUUAUGGAAACUAUGGAUUUUAAUGGCUUUCAACUCCUUCCGUCACAGGUGGGAUUUGUGAGCCAUAUCUUUGAAAGGCACCCAGAGAUUGCAUCUGAAAUGCGUUUAAAGAACCCAAAUCUUAGGACAGGUUACAUGAGUUUGUUACUCAGUCUGAUUGAGACUCUGCGCCAGUCGCCUCACGAGCUCCACAAGACUGAGAUAGCCGAGGCAUUUACUGUACUCAGAUCCAUGACUGAUGCUGGAUUUAAGGUUGAUUGGUUGGCGAAGAAACUUGUUGAGCUGUCGGAAAAGAAGCAGAAAGAGGAAGCUGGUGGAACUCGGAUGCAAGAAAUCAAAGAAGAGCUGAAAAGUUUGAAACAGAAAUGCUUAGACCUGGAAGUUCAGCUGGAGGAUACGAAAACAGAGGUUUCAGCUGCAAAAGCUCCUCUAUCAUUCUCUGAUGUGUUUUAAUAUGUUUUUUUUGAGUUGAUAGGCUUCUGCUUGAUGACUAGCUUGUCUGUUCCUUUGCAGAUAGA